UUUGUGAUCAGUCAGAAAAACCAACGUCUUAAUUCUUCUUCUUCAGCGGGCAAUCUCUCCGUUCUAUAUAUCUUCAUUCUUCUAUCGCAUUUCCGUUCUAUAUCUCUGUACUACCCGACACACUUCUACACUUAUUGAGCUAACCCUUCACGCCUCCCUAUGCGAUCUCGCUCUCAUUCGCCGUCUCGCAUUAGCUGCUGAUCUGCCCUUGCAUAUUUCCCCUGAUCAUGGGAGACUAUGGAGAAAGAUCUAUGACACCAAAUGUGGCAAGCUCGGUGAUAAUUAUUGGUUCAGGCUGUACUGGCCUGGCUAUCGCACAUGGCCUUAGGAAGGCUGGGAUACCAGUCGUUGUGUGCGAGAAGAAUGCUGCUGUGUUCUCUCCUGGUGAGCGAGAUUGGAAUAUGGGACUUCAUUGGGGUGUACCCAUCUUGAAGUCCCUAAUUCCAGAUUAUGCUGCCGCACAACUCCAAUCCGUACAAGUCGAUCCGAACACCCCUACGAAGCCUGUCGAUAGUCUUGCUUUCCUCAAUGGCCAGACGGGAGAGGUUAUGGUUGCUCCCGAAAUCCCAAACUUUCACCGACUACGCCGUUCGAAACUUCGAGCACUACUUGCGAAAGACUUGGACAUAAGAUGGAAUAAACGAUUGAAAAACUUGGUCUUUGAAGAUGAUAACAGUAGCGUAAUUGCUGUCUUUGAAGACGGAGAGCAUAUAACAGGAAGAUUGAUAAUUGGCGCUGACGGAGCAAGAUCAACAGUACGAAAGCUUCUACUUGGACCAGAAAUCGCUCCCUCGACCCGACUCCCAUACUCAGCGACAUUUGUCCAAGCAAAAUACACCCACGAACAAGCUCUCUUUCUUCGGUCAUUCCAUCCUCUCUACAUAGCUGCCCCUCAUCCAGACGGCUACUUUGCCUUCUUUGGACUGCAAGAUGCGCCAGAUGCAGACAAGCCCGAAGGAUGGACAUUCUUCUUCUACAUAUCCUGGAACGCCAGUCUCGAGCAACAAACCACCGAAAGAGUGACCUUUGGAAACAAAGAGAGAUUGGCACAAGUAAAAAGGAAAUCAAAGGGAUAUUGCGAGCCGUGGAAAAGUGCUUUUGAAUGGGUUCCUGAGGAUCAACCUGCGUGGUACUUUGACCUCACGGUGUGGGAUCCAAGUCUGCCUGAUCAUCAAUGGGACACACGCAAUGGCAGAGUCACUCUAGCUGGAGAUGCGGCGCACCCUAUGACUUAUCAACGUGGCCAAGGACUCAACCACUCGAUAACCGAUGCAGGUAAACUCGUCGAAGCGAUUACCACAGAAGCGAAGCUGGCGACAGCUAUCGAGAAAUAUGAAGCUGAGAUGAAGACAAGAGCUGGAGAGGAGGUCAAACUUAGUGUUUUGAAUACAACUAUGCUUCAUGAUUGGGCGAAGGUGAUGGAGAGUCCUGUUUUCAAGGCGGGAUUGCAGAAGAACAAGUAGCCGGCCGACUAGACAUUCAGCUAUGUAUCAGUUUCUAUUGGAAUGGAGAUUGGAGAUUAGAGGGGAGAUUUGAUAGAAGAUAUCGGACAUAGGCUGUAAGAGAGGAGGCUUUGGGCAGGACAUAGGAUACAGGACGAGAUACUGGAUACAAAGAAUUAGACAGAAGAAAGAUGACGUGUUCUCCAUGAUCGAAUAUUACACUCAAC